AUAAUAAUAAAAAACAAGCCAAAUCACAUUUUUGUUUUAUUUUGGCAUAACCAAAUGAAUUAAUUGAUCGACCGCCAUCUCAUCCCGCCCCGGUAUGCCCGACCCUGCCAGAGUCAAGGUCAAGGUAACAGAGACAACCGACUGGGAAGGGUCAACCACUGACCAGGGGAGCUUGUUUGAAUUCCGUCGUCAGGUUGAUUUGAUCCCAGACGUGGCGGCCUUUUUUUCCCUCCCGUUUUCCCUUUCAUCCCAUGUUUUGUCGUCGCCCAAUGUUUGUUUCUACCGCUAGACGUUAUUGGUACUAUUGAAACGUGCUGGUCGGCAAUUGGCACUAGGUCUUCUGCCAUUCCUCCCGGAGCUGAUAAUUCUCUUUUAAUCCCCCUAGCCUUUCCUCUUGUUGUUUAAUACUUGCUUUUUUAUUUUAUCCCGCCAUACCUAUCUACUCACCUUACGUUUCCUAGGCACCUUACCUUCACCUAGGUAGUAGUAUCUGUUAAUCGUUCAAUGAUCCAACGACCCCAGCCCAGCGAACGCCCAUAGAAUCCUUCGUUCGCUUCUCUGAUCCCGAGGACACUAAUUCUAAACGCCUCAGCAACCGGCCUGCCGCAACCGGUCUCCGUCAAGAAGCACACCCCGUUCGAAUACGCCACCUCUGAAUCUAUCCUAUCACACAAGCCACCUCUUCAACAACAAAAGAAACCACCAUAGAAAACGAGCCGUCGACGCCACAAUGCCGUCUUUGGCGCGAGCCUCUCCAGAGAGCAGUUGCCGCUCGAGCCCAAGUGACGGAGCUUCAUACUCGACAGCAACGACUAACAACUCGCUCACCCAUCUAUGCUCGAAAUCGAAGGCCUCCGGGUUCCUCAACCGCAAGGUCCGUUGCGAGGGCAAAGAAGGCCAAACACAACUAUCUGCAGAAUAUAUGGGCAGGAAGAGCACAAGUAGCAGUGUGAUGAGCACAUCCACCGGCAGUACCUUGCCCCCUCCGCCGACUACGGACAGCAGCAAGAAGAGAGAUUCGUUAUCAGGUUUACCUCCGCCAUUGACUAAGGAAGAGUUCGAGGCAUUGCCGUUGGCAGUUCAAAGAAAGUACUUCUCUACGCUUGAACGUCUUCGCUUCGCACAAUCGUCUGGCUCAGUUGAAGGCAUUUUCGAUCACUACGUUGAAAACGUGAAGCGGCGUCGGCCUCGCCAGGAACGGAGUGCUUCGGACCAUUUCGUCGGCAAGGUUCGGCGACGCCCGCUUCGGCAGCCACAACCCCAAACAUUCGAUGCCGACUCGCUUUCCUUUGUCAACAACCUACCGGAGAAGAUCAAGAAGCGCCAAUUUACCCGCGAGGAACAAGUGGUUCUUGCCAAACACUUGCGCGCCAGUGUUAUACUAGACGCCGCUGACGAGGCUGUCUAUAAGGCUGCGCGGCGAGCUAGCAAGACCUUCGCCUCGGACAUCGAUACUCUCGACUCUUCCUUGUUGGACUCGCCAUUGGCGUCACCCACCAGUUCAACUACCAUAACACCUUCGAUAAUUGACACCAUGGACCGUCGCAUUGCUCACCCGACUGGCGUAUCCACGCCGUCGUCCGAGGCAUCGCCCAGUAUACCAGACUCGUUUUACGAUAGCUUCCGCUGGAUGGAAGAUGAGGACGAUCUCGAUUUGCGACUCUCGAUGGAUUACUACCAUGCCAAUCUGCGGGACUCGUUACCCUCGCCUAAACACGAUCGCCGCCCUUCCUUCCGUCGGCACCUUUCUAUUACGAAACUCCCCUUUGGACGAUCCUCGACAUCAUUAUCACGGCCAAUGACAAAGGAUGCGGCGAGCACGCCGACCAGCCCUCUUCACAGUCCCAGAGGAUUCGCGAAUUCUUCAUCACUACCCUCAGCCAGGAGAUCUAGGACCAUGUCCCUAAUAUCUUCGAGGCCAGCCACUCAACAGGAUCUGUCUUCACCGAUCGACCAAGCCGCCGCACACUACCAGGACCCCGAAGCUCGAUUGAAACUUAGGGUCUACCUUGCAUCGCCUCAAAAGUUUGACGAGGCGAUCGAGUUUGGUUUUCCCUCUGUUGACGCCCGCCCGGCAGCCAAUGAAGGUCUGCAGGAUGCGUCUCAGCAGCUGAAAAACCGACAGUCCAAGCAGGCUGUGCCCGAACCCACCAAGGGGAUGGAAACCUUUUUCGCAGAAGAAGACGACGACGACGACGAUGAGAAGCUCUCUGACAGCGAGCAAGGUUCGGUCGGUGAGCCGGAUUCGCCCAAGACGCCGCUUGCGACUGAAAAGCCGCAGAUACGACCUACAAGGCUUCCGCCUGACUCCUACCCCCAAAUUCCGGUCUCGUCUAGGGAGAUGACUCUGCGAAUGACUCUGACUCGGCCAGACUUGAGAGCUUCUGAGGACCAGAUGUAUGGCUGGAAGCAAGGGCAACCACAGCAAGCAAACCACCGCGCGCAAACGUCCCAACCCACCAUAUACCGGGAUGAUUUUACAACCUCGGUUUUGCUCGAUGCAGGACCGCAGGAUGGCAUGGACAGGAGUCUAGGUGGCUUAGACCAUUGGGCACCGCCCGCAGACAACAAUGUCAUGAAACGGAUUUGGAACCGUGUCCGGCGGUCCUGAUAUACUUGAAAGUAAUGUUAUUUCAUAUUCUUUGCAUGCCAGGCAAGGACAUGACCUGGCCUUUUGUCCUUAUUGUUAUGCGUGUAUAUGUAGCCUCUUCAUUUGUUUGUGGCAUUUCUGGUUUUAGCUACUUUGUUUCCAAAUACCCAAUGUUUCACGUGUUUUCUAUAUCCUUUCUCUGACCAGCAUUAUCUUUUCGUUCCUGUUAAAUCAUUCUCAACGCAUGUCCUUUGCGGCGCGUUUGAUGAGAGAUAGUCAAUAAAAAUUAGCUUCAUG